GAAAAGGAUAAAAAAAAGCUGAGAGUCCCACUCCUCUUCAAUUUCUUUACCGCUUGCUUUGCAGCACUGACGUCAUUACAUUUGAACCAAUCACUGAAGGGAGGCCGCACAGCCGUAUUUACACAGCACAUGUAUAAGAGCAGAGGUUCCGCUGUUGCCGUCAUUCAGUUGUCGCAACUCUCUGAUCACAAUGCCUGAGCCUGCAAAGUCCGCGCCCAAGAAGGGCUCCAAGAAAGCCGUCACCAAGACGGCCGGCAAAGGAGGAAAGAAGAGGAGAAAGUCCAGGAAAGAGAGCUACGCCAUCUACGUCUACAAGGUGCUGAAACAGGUCCACCCCGACACCGGCAUCUCCUCCAAGGCCAUGAGCAUCAUGAACUCGUUCGUCAACGACAUCUUCGAGCGCAUCGCCUCUGAAGCGUCUCGUCUGGCUCACUACAACAAGCGCUCCACCAUCACCUCCAGGGAGAUCCAGACCGCCGUGCGCCUUCUGCUCCCCGGGGAGCUGGCCAAGCACGCCGUGUCUGAGGGCACCAAGGCCGUCACCAAGUACACCAGCUCCAAGUAAACUUCUUACCGCGGAGAAACAAAGGCCCUUUUCAGGGCCACCCACUCCUCCAUUUCCGAGCUGUGAUUCCUUCUUUACUCUAUGUCCUGCAUGAACACAAUUUGACCAAAUUGUUGAGUGCAGCAGUAACUUUUUACAGUAAGUUUAACUGGAUCAUUUUAGCGUACUCAAAAUCUGAAGUUUCUUUAAACUUCUAUCCCAAAAGUUGCUCAGCAUCUUGCCUUCUAAGCAUUACAUUUUCGUUCAAAACUUUUUCAUUUUUUUUUUAAUUAGUUACAUAUUGGAUAUUUGCCCUGAGAACACUACAGCACUCUAUAGGAAAGAAUAGUUGGCCUAGCAGGUUGUACUAGGCAGGAGUGUUGGUACAGCUUUGCACCCAAAUUGGGGACAAUCAACAAUUUUUAGAGUGUAUGUUUGUAUUUUUCUCCAUUAGCUUUAAUUUAUUUUUUUUUACACCGAAUUUUUACCAAAUUUGGUAUAGUUUUAUAGUAAAACUCACUAAGAACUA